AUGGGGGGGGUGGUGAAGGAGCCCCAAGCGAGGCCGAACCGCCCAGUUUCUGGCCUGGGGAUCCGGCCCUGGAACAGCGGAAAGGCCAGGGCUUUGGAGCACGUGCAGAGUGCUUUCCCUUUACGGGAUAUCGUCUCUGUGGAGGACGCCGAGGCAGUGGAUCCAGUGGUGCUUUCUACCAGUUGGAACAGCCAGGGCAAGUUGCUGCACCAUUUUGCCCAGCAGGGGGCACUGCGGCAGCGAAGGCAAGCUGCCGGCAGAGGGAAGCGUCGGUCCUCCAAAGCCAGCACAGUCUUUGCAGCGCACUACGAAGUGCAACCCACGGAAGGCCGCGGUGGCAUCCAGGCAGACGGCAGCGGGACCAUCCGCGGCUGGGGAGAGGCCAAGCUGAACACCAGCAGCCCCCUCCGCUACAACAGCAGCCGAGGGGAGUUCACCGUGCUCAAGAGGGGCCUCUAUUACCUGUACUGCCAGGUUCAUUUCAACGAGGACAAGACCAACUACAUGAAGCUGGACGUGGUGCUGGGGGGCCAGCUGGCCUUGCGCUGCGUGGAAGAGUUCCGCCCCACCAGCUCCGGCCCCCAGAAGGCCGAACUCAGGGUGUGCCACGUCUCCGGGCUGGUGCUGCUCAGGCCUCAGGAGACCAUCAGGCUGCAAACCAUCCCAAAUGUCCAGCUGAAGGCGGACCGCUACCUCACCUACUUUGGCCUCUUCCAAGUGCACUGACCGGCUGGACCGCGGGAGAAACGGAGGGCCUGGGGGGGGCGGACAGGGGUCGAGUGGGGGGAGAGGAAAGGAGCAGGCGCUGGCUCUGUACGGCAGGCGCUCUCUGCGUCUGGCUGCGCCGGAUCCGACCACGAGGGGCUUCACGUCCUGCUGACUCCCCUGUGAAUUCUGCCAGACCCUCUGAGUGCCGAGAUCUCCCUUUCCGGAUUGUAUAACUCCCCCACACGCGCCAAAGACUCCGCAGUCCAUCUUCCUGCUCCCAUAGGCAGGAAGGGGGCUGCCGUCGCUUUCGUUGAAUCCUACAGAGAACAUCUGGACCCCAGCUGCAGCUGUAAACCAAAAAGGCACAAAGCCCGCAUAUUCCCAAAGGUGUGGACUCCCUGGCCCGGUCGCCACAUUUCCUUUUGAGGAUUAUAUCGUCUUCCAGAUGCUGCUACGCUUUCCUCUGCUGGGCGCUGCGCCGUUGUGAAU